GUUUUUAUUUGAUAAAAUCUCUCUCCAUACACACACAUCUCUUCGGCUAUGACUGCGGAUUUACUGUCUGACUUGGACAGUCGCUUCUUCGCCGAUAACCUCCUGACCAGUGAGGACUGGGAUGCCUGCCUGUAUCAGUGUGAGAGCAUGGAGGAGGGUGAAGACAGGCUGAAAUAUGACACACUGCUGGACAAUGACCUGGUGCUGACCCUGGACCCAGACAACCCUGUGUCGCCAUGGAAACACCUGGACAACAAACUGCUGGAAGGCGAUGUUUCUGUUAUGAAAGAUGAGAUGACGAUCACACAGCCUCUACCUGUGGACAUGUUGUUCCAGGUCAAAGCCGAGCCCCCAUCCCCUUCGUCCUCUCCAGGCUCAGACAGCUCUCUACCAUCCUUACCUGAAGCCCAGUUUCAGGUGAAAGGCGAGAACCCCCCCACACCCCCCUACAUGUACGGAGACGUUCUCUCACCCCCCGUGGGUGCCAUGGAGGUUACUGUGGCCACCACAGCCCCGCCCCCUCACCAGGCUCCACCCACGCUUCCUGUUCCUACAGUAGCACAGACCACAGUGAACACCAGCUCCAUCCUGAGCAGUAAGCCCGUGUUACAGCCGAGGCCGAUGUGUGUCGCUGCUAAAACCCUGAUCCUGCAGGGAACACCACCAGUGGUUCUGUCCCCGUCAGUGUGUCUGGGUUCCGCCCCCGCCAUCGUUAAAAUGGAGCCCGUGUCUCCCAGCAUGCACUGCACCAGCCCUACAGCCCCGCCUACCACCAAGCCCAUCAUCCCAGCAUCCUCUCUGCCUGGGAGCAACUGCAGCGACAUCGACAUGAAGGUACUGAAGCGGCAGCAGCGGAUGAUAAAGAACCGCGAGUCUGCGUGUCAGAGCCGGAAGAAGAAGAAGGAGUACGUACAGAACCUGGAGGCUCAGCUGAGAGAGGCGCAGCAGGAGAAUGAGCGCCUGCGCCGGGAGAACCACGCCCUGCGAGUCAGACUCGCCAGCAAAGAGAGUGCUGAAUCGGGCAACAGUAAGCGUGCGGUGUGUGUGAUGAUGCUGCUGCUCUUCAUCACCUUCAGCUUCGCUCCUGUCAGCAUCACGGACAGGAAGUUACCGUCGGCGCUGGAGGAAGGGGAGGAGCUCCGUACGGGGAGACGCCUGCUGGUGUACGAGACGACUCAGGAGUCGGGUCAGGGGGCGAGCGACGGGGCGGUGGUGGAGGACAGGCUGGAGGGUGAGGAGGACACGGGGGAGGACAGGUGGAGGAGGGGAGACGUGGAGAGGGAGAACGCAGACGCCUUCCACUUCAGGAACGUGAGCAGCGUCUUCAGCGAGGUGAAGGACCUCGUCCUCCAGGACAUCGACCGGCUCUUCUCCUCCUCAGACUGCAGGCAGUUCAAUCGCUCCGAGUCCCUCAGGCUGGCUGAUGAGCUACGAGGUUGGGUUCAUCGUCAUCAGAUCGACAGGAAGAAGACAAACCGCAAACCCAAGAUCGCACCCAAGGCAAAAAUAGCACAGAAAGCUCAACUCAGGAAGACCAACUUCUCACGCUACCUCCCCAUCGAGACGCACCGCUCCAUAGAGAGUCAGCUGCAGCUCCUACCUGGUCCUGAGGUGAGCUACAGCGAUUUCCUGGAUGCUCUCGAUCGGCGUGAGGACACGUUUUAUGUCGUCUCCUUCAGACGGGACCACCUGCUCCUCCCUGCGAUCAGUCACAAUAAAACCACACGACCCAAAAUGUCCCUCGUCAUGCCUGCCAUAGCCGUCAACGAGUCGGUCUAUAACUCGUCUCAGGGUGGAUAUGAGCUGAUGAUGCAGGUGGACUGUGAAGUCAUGGACACCAGAAUAAUCCCCAUCAAGUCCUCCGUUGUCCCGCCCUCGCUUAGAGACAAGCCUCCGAACCCACCCUCACACCCCCAUCACCACGGCAACCACACUCGGCAUCCACAUGGGGGCGGGGCCUCCGCAACCAGGCAGCCCCUGCCCGUCAGGAGGAGGGAGACAGAGUUUUUGAUCACACAGUCAGGAACAUAGUUAAAAAACAAAGCAGGGGAAAUAAGCUUUUACACACACACACACACACACACACUAAAUGUGGAACUUUUUAAAUUACACCACUGUCUAUCGCCCAACUCCUGCACUUUCGUUGCUGAUGUUAAAAUGUAACUCUGGAGCCGUCAGUCUCAUGAAGCUGCAGACUCCCAGAAUUCCGCAGUACUGGGCCCCGGCCUCCCAGAAUUCCGCAGUACUGGGCCUCCCAGAAUUCCGCAGUACAGGACUCCCAGAAUUCCGCAGUACUGGGCCUCCCAGAAUUCCGCAGUACUGGGCCUCCCAGAAUUCCGCAGUACAGGCCUCCCAGAAUUCCGCAGUACCCGGGCCCCCCCGGAAUUCCGCAGUACCCGGGCCCCCCCGGAAUUUCGCAGGUCCCGGGCCCCCCCCGGAAUUCCGCAGGUCCCGGGCCCCCCCGGAAUUCCGCAGUACCCGGGCUCCCCCGGAAUUCCGCAGUACCCGGGCUCCCCCGGAAUUCCGCAGUACCCGGGCUCCCCCGGAAUUCCGCAGUACGCGGGCUCCCCCGGAAUUCCGCAGUACCCGGGCCCCCCGGAAUUCCGCAGUACUGGGCCGCUCAACUUUUCAGAUUUCCACACUGUGUCCCCUCCCAUCCUUCCAGACCUCUGCAGUACAGUGUCAGGGGUCAGCAGUACGGGUUACACUUCUCCCACAGUUCCCUUGUGUAGCUCUUCAAAUUCGCAGAAUUUUUCAGGUCAUACUUGUUGACUUUCGGUAGCUUUACGGGUCCCUAAAGUUUCACAAUUCACAUUUUUCACUCAUUGAACUCCCAGACUUUGCGUGUAUGGGUAAUGCAUGUAACACUUUGUGGGUCAGUAAAUUCCCAGAAUUAUCCUAACAGGCAUCAAAUUCCUAGAAACCUUAAUGAGUGCGUUUUGUAUAUUUGUGUUUUUUUUGUUGUUGUUGUUUUAUACUUUGCUACCUGAUGCCAGUCAUCAAUGUUGUUUUUGUUCUGUUUGUUUGUUGUUUGAAUUCUGUCCAUGUUUAUGAUUAAGAAUUAUACUGCUUUUAUUUAAAUGAAAAGCUUGUUAUAGAUGCAAAUUUCAGUUACUGUAUCAAAGGAAAAAAAAAAACAAAGCGUUUGUAAUUUUAUCCCAAAUACUGUCGCGUGUUUAAAACCCGUUUAGAUGUCACAAAGUCAUUAUGAUUUAGAUGAAAAUGAUCGCUCUGAUAAACACCCGGACGUGAACAUGAUUACUGUCACAACUGAUUAUGACGCGAGUGCUCUAGAAUUUGUGGGCGGAGCCUGCAUCCCAAACCAAACCCACAGGAAGCGACGGUAUCAAUAUUCUGACCUCACAGUGGGGGAUUUGAUCCAACACUGCAGUGGUUGUAGACACUCAUGGACAGUGUGUGAAAUUGUAAUAUAGUGUAUAUUUAAAAUCCGUUUUUAUCCGAUAACCAUAGCCACGUAUAAUUUCACGACUUUAUUACUGCGUUCACAUUAAAAGGGAGCUUUAUAACACGUU